AUGGAUGCCUCUCUCUGGCCUCUGAUUACUGCGCGCACCGUUUCGUUGCCCCACUGGCUUGCACCGGAACUCAGGCUCGAGGCAUCCGGCAUGUUGCGGGGCUCAAUCCUUCCUACCUUCGAACCUCGAUCAACUGCAUCUGCUGGAUAUAUCAGAUCACAAGGAGAAAGUGCGGCGGAUUGCAUGCCCGAUCGGUUUGGAGUGGAAGUAGCCAUCGCACGAGAUGCAAUGGAGAAGACACAAGACAAAAUCACUCGACUACGGUACGAAAGUACAAAGCAUCCAUGGAUAUCGCGCUCAACCCCUCGCUCAGCCGCCUGCGCCCGAGGGAACAUUGUUGCAGUUACGCUGCCCGAAUAUCCACUCCGCUCCACGUCGACGCGGCUGUCGUUGCCAAUAGACACCGUGUUUCGUCAUGAUUCUAUCCUCGGUGUGACCGAUGUGGAUCUUAGAGCGGGCGACACCACAAUACCCCGACUCUAUGGCGUUGCUCGCCGUUUAAAGGCGCGUCUCAUUGGCAAAGUUGUCUCGUGUGGAAUCGGACAUUCGUACGGGUUUGAUGGUGUUACCGUCAUGCCCAACCGAUCAAAUGGGGGACUCGAUGGCUUCUGGUGA